CGGUCGGCAGCCCGAAAAGCGCCCCCGCCCAGCGCUUCGGUCCUUCGGGCAGUCGACCCGGGCCGCCCACAGCGAGGGGAUCUGGAGGGGCCGGGCUGAGGUCUGCGCCAAGAGGGCGUCGUCCGCCCUUCCCCAGCCGGGCGGCCUCGGGAGAAGCGGCGGCUUUAGGGCCACGGGAGACACCCCCCCCCCAGCUGCCCCGCUGGACGGAGGACCCUCGCUUGACACACACUCCCCGAUCCGGGGAGCUCGGGCGGAUUCCCAGAGGGUCCCCCACGCCUGAGGAAAAGGGCGGGAGGGGCCGGCGGGCAAGUGCCCCCUCCCCAAAAGGGAAGGAGGGGGGGGCAAGCGAGCGGCCCCUCCCGCCGCCAUUUUCUCCCUCAGGCCUGAGACGGAGCCUCCGCCGCCUUUUUCCGAGCGAGCAGGUAGAGCCCUCCUGCCCGGGGAGGCUCGCUUCCGCCCGCAGGGAAGCCUCGGCCGGGGCGGGGCCUGGAGGAGCGGCCCACCGGGCGUGGGGAGGGCCGGGGGCGGCGGCGCAGCCUCAGCCAGAGACGGAGCCAGAAAUCGGCGGCGGCGGGAGAGGCUAAGCUAUGCGCCGCCCGAGGAGAGCGCAGCGCGGAGGUGAGCCAGCCGGCGCCCCCUCGGCCCGACCCCACCACGCAGUCGGGCAGGCAGGUUAGACUUUAACCCGACUCCGGCGGCGGCGGCGGCGGCUGCAGCUCCGGGCUCCCCUUCCGCCAGGAAGAAAGAAAAGAUUGACGUUGUCGCAGCUGCUGAACUUUUGACGGGAAGGAAGUCCGAAAGAGAAGAAAAAGGGAAGUCGGGAAGCCUUCCAGGGCCUCCUUCCCCCCGCGAUCCCUCACUGCGAGCGGCGUUUCGGCUGGGAUGCGCUCCGUGGCCGGCCUGGGAAGGGCUGCGGGAGUCCCGGCGGGAAGCCUGGCAUCUCUCCCUGUUUCUCCAGCUGGAGCAUUUGCAGUGAAUUAACUCCGGCGCAUUCAUUUGGAAGAAGAAAGUGAUCCCCUUUUCCCACUUGGAUCUUCUGAGCAAACCCAGCCUUCAACGGCCUUCAACGGCCUUCAAGGAGGAAGGGAGCCACUGGGUCUCCCCUGAGAGCCGUUGAGGAUGGCCCAGUCCAGGUCCAGCAGUGGCUCCCACUAUGCCCUGAUGGCCAUUGGGCUGGGGAUGCUGGUCCUCGGAGUCAUCAUGGCCGUCUGGAACCUGGUCCCGGGCUUCGGCCUCAGCGCCAAGCCUCAUCCAGCCAGCGGUCACCACAACGAGACUGAGGUCAGCAAAGGGCCCCUGCACAGGAACAAGACCUUCUCGGUGGCCUAUGUCUUGGUCGGGGCCGGCGUCCUGUUGCUCCUCUUCUCCAUCUGCUUGACCAUCCGGGACAGAAGGAAACCGAGGCACCGCGAAGACGACGUCAUCCGGAUACGUCCGCAGCCUUCGGUCGAGCGGCCUCCCCCAGAGGACAGCCAAGAAGACGACAACGACAGUCUCUCCCGCUACUACGUGCCCAGCUAUGAGGAGGUGGUCAACGGCCUCUACCCGGAGCAGCCCAGGCUGGAGGCCGAGCACGGCACCCGCAUCAGCGUCUCCCUUCCUUCCUACGAGUCUCUCACGGGGCUGGAUGAAAGCCUCCCCACCAGGCCCAGCCCCAUGGCGGCAGGGACAGCAACGGGGGCGGCCCCCAGGGAGGAGCGCCCACCCGCCCGGCAGAGCUCCCGCCUCAGCAAACGCCUGAAGCCCUUGAGAGUGCGCAGGAUCAAGUCUGAGAAGCUGCACCUGAAGAACCUCCAGCUGGGCGGCACCCCUCCCACCCGAGUCACCAUCGAGCCACUCACCCCACCUCCUCAGUACGACGAGACGCCUCCCAAGCUGCCAGACCCCCGGGAGGGGGAGCCCUGAAGCUGCUCCCGAGGGACACUUUUGCCGGAAGCACUGGAAGUGGCUUCUUGAGAACGGGGUGUGUGACUGUGUGUGUGUCUGUGUGUCUCACGUCCAGUUGCAAACUUUGGAGCCAAGCCAGAAGGCCACCUGACAACCCCCCCAGGCCCCCCACAGCUCUCCUGGACUUGCUUGCCCAACAGGACGGGGUCAGGAGAAGAUGGAUGAGCCGGGCUCUCACAGGUUGCCUCCAUGGUCUUUGUCUUCGUGAGCCUGGCCCAUCCGGGAUUUGGGAAAUGUCCCCAUUUUUCCCCCUCCAAGGGACCGCCACCCCCCCACCAUCGGACUCCCAUCAACCUUUGGGAAGGUUGCCAAAUCCCCUCUGGAAACUCAGCUCAAGGGGGGGGGGGAGGUUUUGAUACCGUUUUAGCAAUAUGACUUUUGGGGUUAGUGUGUCUCUGUGUGUGUGUUUAUUUUUUCUAAAUUAUGUCAUUUUUAUAUCUCUAUUUGGUAAUGCUCACCUCUCCAAACUAGCACUCCAGUUUGGCAUGCUUGCCAGGCUAGUUUUUAAUUUAAUUUUUUUUUGGGUAGCAGUUUCCAGCAAUGGGGUUUCAGACCCGGCCUCCUUUUCCACCAAAGGUGGAUUUUCAGUGACACAAAGGGAACUCGGGUGCCUUUGAAAUCAAACAUUGCAAAGGCCAAAGAGAACUAACUGCUCAAAUCCAUCGGGAUCUGGGAUCUGUUGCAGGCCCCAAAGAUGUCUUCAUUUGGGGAGGGGGUUCUGACGGUCCCUCUUGGGUUUUGCAGCUGCUGAACUGGAAAUGUGAUAUUUCUUUUUCCAAAGGGGUGUAACCUUUUUUUAAGAUGGAAGGAG